GGCGAGGCAGAGCGAGAGGCCAGGGGGCCGCCUACGGGGAGCGACUUCGCGUGGCGUCGUGAUGGAGGGGCAGAGUCGGCGAGGGAGCCUUGCCGCCUCGCCGGUGACGGGCAGGCGGGCAGCCCGGACGGCUACAGAGCUCGUGAUGAGCCGCUAGAGAGUUGGAGCCCCGUGGAGUCUGUUGCCGUUCUUCUCGCGUGUGGCACGCGGUGCGUUCUCGUGUUCGGACUGAUGCUCAGACUGCGCGUUCGCUUUACGGAUUAACUUUAUAAAAACGUAAUUGUCUUUGUAUAAACUUCAAUACCGUUGCUGUCAUUAGAGUUGAAGGCAUUCAUAAUGCUGAUUGUUUCCGUGAGAUGUCUACGCACAGCUGUGAGACGAUGCGAUCUUAAGCUUCGUUGCAAUGAGUAGCAGCGAGCGGCGCUGUCCACUGGGCUACUCGGUCACUCGGCUUUACACUUCGGUAGAAACAGCGUCGUUUCCUGGGCCUGGCGUACACCUUGCUUGCUUGGGGGCAGGUUUUCGACAGCUUGCUUGGGGGCAGGUUUUCGACAAAUAUCCACCCCUUGCCAGCUACAACCGGGAAGUAGAUUUCAACGGAGUCCACGGCACGGAUCAACUUCGCAGUGUUUUCCUUCCUUCGGCACGCCAGUAACUGGGACGAAGCUCCACAGCUCUUCCAUCACGGGGAAACUUCUUCCAGGCCGACGUGGGGGACUACGAGGCGGUGGCGGCGGCUUGCAGCGGCGUCCCCUGCGUGCUCCACACGGCCUCCUGCGGCAUGCCCGCUCGCGAGCAGGGUGUGCAAGCGCAUUCUAUUAAUGACGGAGAGCAAGUGAACGUGUUUCAAUGGCUGCAACCGCUGUUUGAGAAGCUUGGGCACAGCAUGCCUCGGACAUGCGUACCUGUUCACCUGGUCUACGCUGCAGCCCUGACGAUGGAAUGGGUGCACCUACUGCUGAGGCAUUUGGUGGAGCUCCCUCCACUCCUCACCAGGAGCGAGGUGCGGAACGUCGGCGUGACGCACACAUUCUGCAUCAGCAAGGCACGCCGCCAGCUGGGAUGCCGUCCGCGCGAGUUCUGUUUGUCCGAGACGCUGCACGUGCCGAAGAUCACCCGCAUCAAAACGUGGCGGACAGGCGUCGCCCGGCAUGAAGCGCUGAUGUGGGCCGGGGUGCUCCUGUGCUUCUGUCUCCUCGUGCUCCACUCUGUGGUGGUCCUUCUGAUGAUGUUCUGAGGCCGUUGGAUGAUGCUACGCUGCGCUUUGUCGAUGUGAAAUGAACAGCACGUUUCUCAAUAUUGGAAAUGCUGUCAGUGUACGGCACUUAUCCAUCACUGAAUUACAGUACAGGAACAGGUUUCUUUGGACACUUUGGGAAAUGGCUCGACUCACCGGUAGUUGAAAAUACAAAAAAAUCAGAACAGACAUCAGUGUCUUCCAAAGAGAGAGAGAGAAAAACAAUUUUAAUUCCAAUGGCAAAAGUGUAAAAUAAAGUAAAUGCAUAAUUUGAGCAACUUACCCCUCGAAAAUUACCCCCAAUUAUCACCACCACUACCACCACCACCCAUUGUCAUUUUUCUACAUGGACGAAUAGCAAACACUACAUUAACUCUCCCGAGGCCCUCUUGUCGUAACCAGUGGACCUCGAGAUUGGCAUUUGUCUCCUGAACAGAUUGCCAAAGAUGAGAAUACAACAUUUGUGCAGCACCUGGCACCAUCAUCUUGAGCAAGGGAAUGACAGACACUUGAGAGAUUUUCUUAUCAACAAUCGACUGGUAGAUGAAGUAAUUGGAUGAAGGUGUUUAUUCAUGGAAAGCAAAUACUCUGCUGCAGUUCCACAACACCAUGUAAUGAGCACAACCAAGCUUAAUAUACUCGACAUUCGAUGAGCGACAGGAUUGUGGAAGAUAAGCUAAGCACGUGAGACUUGAAAUCUACUGAUAACAAAACUAUACUGCAAUACCCCUUAAGCCAAAAAGCCAGUGCAGUUUACAGGAGGAGUAAGACUAUCGAUUAUUUAUUUUGGAGCGUCCAGACUCCUUCUCAGGAUGGUCCUGCCUUGGAGAUGUGCGGCCAUGUUCAUGAUUGAUUGUUUGGGUGCGGCAUUACAAAGGAGACAAACGCAAUAACAAGGUGGAAAUUUAAAGAAGACCGAUUACAAUGGAAUUUGUCAAACGCCCGACUUGACAUUUAAAACACAAAGCGAAGUAAGAAAAGUGGA